AUGUAUCCUUUGACUCUCUUAAGGAUAUCAAGAAACAAAAUCAUAGAAUUAGAACUAAAGAACGACGACAACCUGCGAGGAUUGCUCGAUAAAUGUGACAUGUCGAUGAAUCUACAUCUCAGAAGCGUCACAAUCGAAAAAGCAGACGGAAGUUCUGUAUUCAUCAACGAAUGCUACCUAAAAGGAUCAUCAAUCAAGCUCGUCAAGCUGGAUUCAAAGAUCUUACUACUGCAGAGAGAAGAGUAG